AUGGCGGAGCUGCCUAUCGCCCCGGGCCAGAUCUACAUCGAGGUGGAGUACGACUAUGAGUACAAGUCCAAGGACCGCCUCAUCACCAUCCGGCACGGCGAGUGCUACAUGCUGGUCAAGAAGACCAACGACGACUGGUGGCAGGUGAAGAAGGAGGAGGGGACCAAGGCCUUUUACGUGCCCGCCCAGUACGUCCGAGAGGUCCGGAAAGCGCUGAUGCCCCCGUCCAAACCCGUCCCGCACCCCCCCUCCGCCUCAGGGGACCCCCCCGCCCGGGUCAAGCCCACCUACCUGGAGCUGGGCUCCUCCCACGACCGGCCGGCCGAAGGCCUCCACCGGAACGAGUCCAAAGGCAGCCGGCGCUCUCCCUCGGCUCUGACCUCCUCCUCCACUACCAGCCACUUCAGCCCCCCGGUCCAGCGGAGGAACAGCAACCACCACCACCCCCCCCCCCCCCCCCACCCCCCCCACGCCCCCGGCACGCCCACCGAGCAGGAGCGGGCUCUGGCCGGCAUCCUGGUCAGCGGCGUGGCGCCGCAGGCCUCCCAGAAGGGUCAGUCCAGCACGCUGCCCCGCGCCCGGGCCCGCUCCCCCGAGGAGCUGACCCGGGCCCGCUCCCCCGAGGACCCGGACCCGGACCCCGCCGGGCCCCAGCUCUGCGACUCGGCGGGAGAGGAGCGGCGCACCAUCGACUCGGAACCGCUCCAGAAGUGUUUUGCUCUGCCUGUGAAGAACAAAAGAGGCCAGAAAGAUGAAACCAGGAGCUGCCUCUGCUCCGUCUGGCCCAUCACCAGCCUGUCCUGA